UCCGUGGCUUCCCAGUACCGAGGAACCCCAGCAGAGAUGCAGCGAGCCUUGCUGAGGCGGGGUGCGCGUCUGGCACGGCACACGGCCGCCCUGGAGAGCUCGCGGGCCGCCACGAGCGCUCGCCUGGACCGCUCCGUGUCCUCGUUGACGGUCCCGCCGCCGGUCAGCAUGCUGCGGCCACUGGAGGCGCCUUUCCGAUACCUGUUCGGCCCGGGACCCUCCAACGUGCCGCCGCGCAUACUAGCCGCAGGUGGCAGGCCGAUAAUUGGUCACCUGCACCCAGAAAUGUACGAGAUAAUGAACGACAUAAAGAAAGGGAUCCGGUACGCCUUCCAGACGGAGAACAACAUGACAAUAUCGAUGAGUGGCUCCGGACACGCUGCCAUGGAGUGUGCGGUGUUCAACGCGGUGGAGCCCGGGGAGAGCGUGCUCGUCGCCGUCAACGGAAUUUGGGGAGAGCGAGUGGCAGAAAUUGCGGAAAGAAUGGGUGCCAACGUGCAUACAAUGGUAAAAACACCAGGGGGAUAUUUCACCAAUGCGGAGAUUGAACAGGCUAUUGCCAAACACAAGCCAGUCCUGUUUUUCCUUACACAUGGAGAGUCCUCUGCCGGCCUCUGUCACCCAGUGGACGGCAUUGGGGACAUAUGUCACAAACACAACUGCCUCUUCUUGGUAGAUACAGUCGCAUCGCUGGGAGCCGCACCAAUUUUUAUGGACGAGCAAAAUAUUGACAUCCUAUACACUGGCUCUCAGAAGGCUCUAAAUGCCCCCCCUGGCACAGCACCCAUUAGCUUCAAUGACAGAGCAUGCAACAAGAUGUUUAAUAGAAAAACAAAACCCGUAUCCUACCUCUUUGAUAUGACACAUUUGUCCAACUACUGGGGCUGCGAUGGCAAGUCAGCCAGAGCAUAUCACCACACGGGUCCUGUGUCGGGAUUCUUCGCCCUCAGAGAGAGCUUGGCCAUUCUCGUGGAGAAGGGGCUGGAGGAGUCUUGGCGGCACCACAAGGAGGUGGCAGCCCACCUGUACAGGGGCCUGGAGGACCUAGGCCUCAAGCUCUUCAUCCCAGACAGGGAUAUGAGGCUUCCUUCUGUCACCACCAUCGCCAUCCCCGAGGGUUAUGACUGGCGGGAGCUUUUAGCUUACAUCAUGAAGCACCAUCAGAUGGAGAUGACUGGAGGCCUGGGCCCUUCUAUUGGCAUGGUAAUGCGGAUCGGAUUGAUGGGCUACAACUGCCAGAAGACUAACGCUGACAUGGCCCUGAACGCUCUGGCAGACGCUCUGAAGAACUGCAGAAAGAGCAAGGCAUGAGGAAGUAGAUGCGGCGCUUUUGAUCCUGUUCUCACUCACUGAAGGGACAUUUUAGCAGAUGCAGUCUCCCCUAAGGGGAUACCUGGAAAAGAAGUUCAAGAAUCAGAAGCUAACACAAUUCAUCACUGCUGUUUUUUUUUGUUUUUGACAAUUGCUGUUUUUUUUUUACAUGAGUUUGUCACCUCGUGUAAAAAAAAAAAGUAGCUGUCAAACACUGGUUACGCGUCCUUCCUUGUGUAAGUAGGCACUUUGGGGAGCAAAGUGCAGAAUAUAGCCACUGUCCUCACUAUGAAUGUAUUGAAAGUUUUGAGAGUACUGAAACAUGUCAAUUUAAAAAGAAAAAAAAACAUGA